AUGGACCAGAAAUCAGUUGAUCCAAAAUCGUUCGUUAAAAUUAAUAUCCCCUCUAAAUCGGCGAGAAGACGUAGUAAUAACAAUUCUACAUUUAACGCAUCAGCACAAACCUAUAACAAACACGAUUUACAAAGUAUAAAAAAAGAUUUAAAAACUAACAGUAAUAGUGCAGCAGAGAGAAAGGUACAACUUGAACGUUUCAUGCAACUGUUGAGCACUUUGCCUAACGUCGGUCCAAAUAACAGUGCGGCGGGUGGAGGCUUUAACGGAAGCGUAAUUCAUGGUGGUGUUGUAGGAAAGCUCAGUGGAUCAACUGGUGUGAGACCCAAAAGUCCUAAAAGAACUGGAAGUCCUAGUAUACACAGACUAGGAAGUCCUAGCAUCCAUAGAACAGGAAGUCCUAGCAUUCAUAGAACGGGAAGUCCUAGCAUUCAUAAAAGUACAUCAAAAGAGAAAGGUUCUAAAAAAAGAGGCUCGAGUAUUAAAGUUAAAAAAGAAGAUUCAGAUCAAGAUGAAUAUAUACCUACUCAACGAAAGGAAUCAAUAAAAACCAGCACGUUAAGAGAACGUAGUGAUGAUGAUAGUGAAUCUUCAAGCUUUGAAAAACUUUAUCCAAAAAAUUCACGAAACUCAACUCCAAAAAGAAAUUCUCAAAAUCUAAAUUCUACAAACGCUGCAAGAGGUUCAUAUAAAAAAAGAAAACGAAGCACCACAGAAACUACAACUGUGGCUGUAGAAGAUGCUCCUGUUGUAAAAUCAACAAAGGAUCAAGUAGCAAUAAAAACUUUUUAUGAGCAUGUUGAUGCUUAUAUUCGUGAUUAUACUGAAGAAGAUAUUGAUUUUCUAGAAUCAAAGGGUGUUUUUCCUUUAGAUGAUGAUGAAAAGAUACCUAAACUUGGUAAACAUUACUCGGAGGUUUGGGCCGAAGAAGAACGAAAUCUUGUUCCGCAAACUGCUGAGGAACUUGAAGCACGGCAGACUGAUGCAAUUAAAGGCCCUUCGAAGAACCAGGAUCAAGACCUUUCGGGUUCACCUUGUGGACCUUUGGCUGAAAGAGUACUUGCCGCAUUUCUAGAAUACGAUGAUAUAGUAGCUGAUGAUAAUAUACCAGUAAAUGGUAAUAAUUAUGAUGAACCUACCUCUCCUGAAGGUACACAAAUGAAUGGUCAUCGAGAAAUACUUGAUAUGGAUGACCGGCUUAAAAGAGAAUUGAGAGCUUUAGAUCUUAUGGAUGAUCAAGAUGUCGAAUGGGAUGAUAGAGAAGAUGAUGAAAUCAGUAUUAAGUUACGUGAAUGCCAGUCAAGAUUACGUGAACAAGUGAAACGAAACAAUUAUAGGAAAAGGAUCUUAUUGGAAAAAGUUAAGGCAAGAUCGGGUUAUCAACAAUACAUUAAUUACCUCGAUGAAAUUGAUACUCAAAUUGAAGAAACCUACCUGGCUCGAUAUCCUGAAAAGGAUAAAUCAAAAUUGUCAAAAACAAAAAAGAAAAGGUCGACACCUACUUUGGAAGAGGUUAAAUCACUUCUUAAAAAACGUAAAGAUUUAAUGGAAGGUAUAGGUGUUACUUUUGAACCAGAGAGCCAAUAUUCUUUCGAUCCUGGACAAUCUAUUUUUAAUCCGGAAGAAAUGGCCUUAUUGUAA